AUGUCAACACCACCAGCAAGUAGAGCCAAUGCCACCGCCCCCACUGGCGCAGCCAGGAGUACCACCAGGGAAAAGAGGAGGAGCCCAGUGGCUGAGAUUCACUCUGGAAGGAAGAAACUCAAGAAAUGUGGAGAAAAGGAGGAAUGGGAGAAUUUCUCUGACAUCGAGUCUUUCUUCUAUGAGUUGACUGACAGGAGCGAAGCUUGUGCAGACAUGGAUGUUCCAGGAAGGUUUAGUCAAUGCACUUGCCUGCAUGAUGCUCGCUGCAAGCUGAGUGAUGAAGGAAGAGUUGUCAUGAUCCAAAGUCUUUUUGACUUUGCGCUGAAGGAAGCAGAUGAACAAAAGCUUCUGUUAGUUGAAUGGUACAGGUAUGCCCAAGCCUUUGGACAGCACAAGGAUUACAAGCGGAGGGCCUACUUGCUCCCUGGUACCAGCUUUCCAGUUUGUAAGCAUGCCCUUUGUACAAUGCUGGGGGUUGGUUCAACCAAAUGGCGAAACAUCAAAGCAAUAGCAGACAAGGGGAAGCCACUCAGGCACGGACUGGCUGGAAGGCCAAGCAACCGACGCAACAUUGGAAUGGAUCUGGUCAUGGAGGAGUUUUUCACUGGGAUGGAAGCCAUGGGAGUUCCUCGAGCGACACGGAUCAUUCGCGAACUUUUGAAGAAGGCAAGCGAUCGUCUUGCAGCCAAGAAAGCGAAUACUGAUGCUGACAGUGAUUCUUCUUCUGAAGAAGAAGACGACGAAACGAAACACCUGGAAGAAGUCAUCGAUCAAGCUACAGAACAGGAGAUCCAAGACAUGCUAGACAACGAGACGAUGAUCAAGGAUGCAGCCAAGCAUGUUGAAAUGGCCCAGAUCCAGCGACAGUUCUUUCGUGUCAAAAAAAAGGAAGCCUAUGACACCAUGUUCCGCGACUAUGACAAGCAGCAAGCUCCCCUUAUCAACAUUCCCACAGGCCAGAUCAAAAAGAACCAUCAGUUCACGGUUUACGCAAACAGAGAGGACAAGGGCAAUGACAUGUACUUUGCAGAGUACCACGGAGCAGAGGAAACAUGUCUUAAGAUGGUCAAGGACGACUACAGAGGACAACCAAUGGAAUGGUGGAAAGGAAUGGAACCACCUGAGGCAUCCAAGCCAACCGGCAUAAAAGACAUCAAGUGGAAAGAACUGUAUGAGAAGUGGGGCAAGGUUGUGCCACAAGAGAAGAAGAAAGGCUUCAAAUACUAUGAAGAAGCGCCAUCUGCAGAGAAGCUAGCUGCUAUUAAAGAACACACAAAGCAAGCACGAGAGCUUCGACAGUCGCGACAAGCGACAACUGUGGAGGAUAAUACCACCAUGGUUGCUAAGCAAGCAACCAGACCAGUGAUCUAA